UGACACACUCAGCUACCUCUCUCUCUCUUCUCUCUCUCUCUCUUAUGCCAUUUUCUCAACUCAAACUCAAUAUAUGUUCAUUCAAAGUUUGAAUUGAAUACGUGGAGGAAUCGAGGGGUGGCCACCGUUUCUGCUAAAGGUGGCGCAGAAGAAGGCAUAGAGAAAGGGAUGGGUCAGGGGUUGAGUUGCAGAGGGAGCCAUGAACAUGGCCUCUUUCGUGCUGUGCAACAUGGGGACCUUGACACUGUUGCAGCUUUGUUACAGACACACCCUUCUCUUCUGCAUCACUCCACUGUCUAUGAUCAUCACUCUCCUCUUCAUAUUGCAGCUGCUAAUGGCCAGAUCCAGGUUUUAUCUUGGCUUUUAGAUGGAUCUGUGAAUCCAGAUGUGUUGAAUCGCCAAAAGCAGACACCGCUUAUGUUGGCAGCAAUGCACGGCAAGACCGCCUGUGUGGAAAAGCUCCUUGAAGCGGGUGCUAAUGUAUUAAUGUUUGAUGCUUGUUAUGGAAGAACUUGCUUGCACUAUGCCGCCUAUUAUGGCCAUUCUUCUUGCCUUAAGGCGAUUCUUUCUGCUGCUCAAUCAAGUCCAGUGGCUGCUUCUUGGGGUUUUGCUCGGUUUGUGAAUAUUAGAGAUGGUAGAGGAGCAACACCAUUGCACUUGGCAGCACGUCAAAGACGGCCUGAAUGUGUACAUAUUCUAUUGUACAGUGGAGCUCUUGUUUGUGCUUCAACUGGCAGAUAUGGUUGUCCUGGGAGCACUCCUCUUCAUCUUGCAGCCAAAGGGGGAUCUCUUGAUUGCAUCCGUGAACUCUUGGCAUGGGGUGCUGAUCGCCUUCAACGUGAUGCCUCAGGGAGGAUACCGUAUAUGGUUGCUCUGAAACAUAGACAUGGCGCAUGUGCAGCAUUGCUAAAUCUUUCAUCUGCAGAGCCUCUUGUCUGGCCAUCAUCUUUGAAGGUCAUCAGUGAGCUUAAUCCAGAGGCCAAAGAAUUAUUAGAGCAGGCCUUGAUGGACGCGAACAGGGAAAGAGAGAAAAACAUAUUGAAAGGGAGUGUUCACACUCUUCCAUCUCCGCCACACCCUGAUGGGGUAGAUGACAAUAUCUCUGAGGUUAGUGAGACGGAGUUAUGCUGCAUAUGCUUUGAGCAGGUGUGUACAAUUGAAGUCCAAGAGUGUGGUCACCAGAUGUGUGCACAAUGCACACUAGCCCUUUGUUGUCACAACAAGCCCAACCCUUCUACUUCUCGUCUCAUUCCACCAGUUUGUCCAUUUUGCCGAAGCACCAUAGCUAGAUUGGUGGUUGUCAAAAAAGAAAGCCAUGAUGACAUUGAUCAAGAUGGUUUUGACAUCACUUGUUCCAAACCAAGCAAAUCAAGGAAGCCCAGGAACAUGAACGAGGGUGGUAGCACUAGCAGCAGCUUCAAGGGAUUAUCAAGUGUGAAUUCAUUUGGAAAAAUGGGUAGCCGCAGCUCUGGAAGGAUUGCUGCUGAAAAUGAGUGGGAUGAUGAUAAACAAAAUUGAUGCUAUGAUAAACAACAUUGGCAAGAAAAUGUGACAACAAAUUGCUUGGGAAGCAAGGCAAAAUGAAAGCAUUUUAAAGAGUAAAGAAAAGUUCAACUUAUAUUGUUGGAAUUUGGAAACUAAGCAAAGUGAGUAAGAUUGAAGGUCAAGGUAGUAGGUACCAAGUGUGGUUGCAUGUCAUGUUGUAAAUUGUAACAUUUUUAUUAUUAUUAUUUCUUGAGAAAGAAGAAGCAUCGCCUGCAUCGAUGAUUUUGGGCAUUGAAAUGAGAAAUUUAUUUUCUCAUGAAUAGAGGUUUAAGCCUAAGGUCAUAUGAAAAUGUAAUGUGUAUUUGCUUCUGAUUUGUUUCUUUAUACCAGAAUAAAAUCCUAAAGGAAAA